GGAGGAUCCAGAGCUGGCUGCGAUUCGUGCUGCGAGGAUGGACCAGCUUCAGCAAGGAACUACGCCGCCUGCAGCAGCCAACGAUGAAACUGCUGCCCAGCGUGCCGCAGAGGAAGAGAUGCGCAGAAACCUGCUUGCGACUGUCUUGGACACUGCAGCUCGAGAACGAUUGGCUCGUAUUGCAUUAGUUAGUCAGGACCGCGCUCGGCAAAUCGAGGCCAUCCUUCUCAGGAUGGCACAGACAGGACAGCUGCGGGGCCGUGUGACUGAGGAGCAGCUCAUUGAUUUGCUCGAGAAGGCCGACGAUGCACAAUCAAAAGGCAAACCUCAGAAGACUACAGUAGUGUUCCAGCGCAGAAAAGGUGUUUUCGACGACGAGGAUGAUUUCUGAUUGUCGUCAGUGACGAAAUACUUAACCUGCAACGUAUAUCCCGGUUCACCUAUCAAUGUCAUACUGCUGUCUAGUGUAUGUAAUGCUGUCUCUGUAUAUCUUGUCAUGUGGCCUCAUGAAGGCAACUUCUACCCUGUCGUUGCCUGCCAUCCCUCUAAUACGACUGAAUC